GUCAGAAAUCUGAGUUCAAGUUGAUGUAGGAGGAUCCUCAGCAAUGAUUAACCGUGGCCUCUCCGAGUCAUACUUUGCACUCCGCUUUCCCACAAUCCUCGGAGGCCAUCGGCCGGUAGAAGCUCUUCAGCGUCGCAGGGAAACCAGGACAUGGACACCAGCUCUUCCUCCCGGAGGAUCGGCGUCGUCGGAUACGGACAUCUAGGGCAGUACCUGGUGCAGAGGAUCCUCAGAGACGGACCUGCUCAUGGUUUGACUCUGGCUUUUGUCUGGAACAGAAACUCUGACAGACUCAGAGACUGUGUUCCUGCUGAGCUGGUGCUCACUGACCUGUCGUCCUUUGCAGAAAGGAGGUGUGAUGUGGUUGUCGAGGUGUGUCAUCCUCAGAUAGUCAGAGACUUUGGGCUGCGUUUCCUGUCUCAGGCUCAUUUCAUGGUGGGCUCUCCGUCUGCUCUGUCUGAUCCAGAUGUGAACCAGCAGCUGCGUCAGGCGUCCCAGCAGCAUGGGAGGACGCUCUACGUCCCCAGUGGUGCAUUGUGGGGAGGCCAGGACAUCCAGAGGCUCAGUGAUAGUGGCUCUUUGAAGGCUUUGUUCAUACGAAUGUCCAAACAUCCGUCCUGCUUCCGUCUGACCGGAGACGUCCUGAGCGGCUGGACGGAGGACGAGGGCCGGCGGGUGUUAUUCAGAGGCUCGGUGGCAGAGCUGUGUCCGCUGGCUCCGAACAACGUGAACACCAUGGCGGCGGCGGCCGUGGCGGCGGGAACAACCCUCGGCUUCUCUGGAGUCCAGGGGGAGAUCGUGUCGGACACGGCGCUGAGGGACUACCACGUGGUGGAGGUGGAGGCGACCGGGCCGGACGGGUUCUCCGUCCACACCGUGAGGAGGAACCCGGCCAAACUCGGGGCCGUGACUGGAAGCGCAACUUACAACUCUUUCUGGAAUAGUUUACUCUUUUGCGAAGGUCACGGUGGCAGAGUUUACUUGUGCUGAAGGAGGAUCAGCGACGACGUAAGGAGAGGAUUGGCCGCAGCAUUCCAGAUAAAUGAGACGCUUUCAGCUGGAUAAGCUGGAUCACUAUGUUACAGAGCCUGGAUACAUGAGAUUCAAUAAACUACAUGAGCACAAUGAAACAGGAGCCAGGGUUCAUUUGUAAAACACAGUUUUUAUAUAUAGAGAUAUAUAUAUAUAUCAACUUUAUUAUAAGUUCAUCUGGUGCAAGUUUCUAAGUCUUACAGGGAGUGAACGCGCCCGUUUAAACACUGGGACCGGUCUCAUUGCAACACAUAAACCCCGUCCUGAUUCCUCCAU